UCAGCAGGGAAUGCAGGAACUGUAUCUUCCUUCCCAGACUCUCCCAUUUCCACUUGCUAUUAGUUUAUCGUCUGGCAGGAAAUUCACCCUCUCUUUUCGACCAAAUUUCCAAAAAUGACCCUAUCCCUUCAAGCGACCGCUUCUUCCCAUCUGCACUCUCUAAACGGGGACUCUCACCCUUCUUUGAGCUGUAUGAGCAAGGUCUUUGUCGGAUUGAAACCUCAAUCAACGGGUUCUUUUGGGUUUGGGAAACCUAACUUGACUGUUGAAUUUCACGACAGAGUUCAGCAGAGCCUCAAAUCCAGGCUUUUAAGCAAGAAAGCAACACGUGCACGGUUUGGAAUGAUGCCCAUAGGUACGCCUAGAGUACCUUACAGAACUCCCGGUGAAGGGACUUGGCAAUGGGUUGAUCUGUGGAAUGCUCUUUACCGAGAACGUGUUAUUUUUAUCGGCCAACAUAUAGAUGAGGAGUUUAGCAACCAGGUACUGGCGACCAUGCUUUACCUUGAUAGCAUGGACUCUUCCAAAAAGCUAUAUCUUUACAUCAAUGGUCCAGGUGGAGAUCUUACUCCAAGCAUGGCCAUCUACGAUACGAUGCAAAGCUUGAAAAGUCCAGUUGCUACGCAAUGUGUGGGUUUUGCAUAUAAUCUAGCUGGGUUUCUUCUUGCUGCUGGAGAGAAGGGUAGCCGCGUUGCCAUGCCUCUUUCAAGAAUUGCGCUGCAGUCUCCUGCUGGGGCAGCUCGUGGCCAGGCUGAUGAUAUUCAAAACGAAGCAAAAGAACUCCUGAGAAUUAAAGACUACCUGUUUGAAGAAUUGGCAACAAAGACUGGUCAGUCUGUUGAUAAGAUCAACAAGGAUCUGAGUCGAAUGAAGCGCUUCAACGCGCAGGAGGCUCUUGAGUAUGGGCUCAUAGAUCGUGUACUCAGGCCACCACGCAUUAAGGCCGACGCUCCACGCAAGGAAAAUUCAGGGGUGGGCCUUGGUUAGUUGCCUUCCUGCUCCCAACCAAACAGCGGACAUUGUAGUAUUUCAAUUUCCAAGGUCUUUUUAUAAAAAGGUGGAGGUGGUUACGAUCA